AUGGAGCCGCUGGACAAGUUCAAGCUGCUGGCCGCGCUCGGGAUCUGGCUACUGGCGCUCGUGGGCGGCACAGCACCGCUCCUGAGCCGCCACCGCGUCAGCACACGCGCGAGCAGUGUGCUCAACAUGGUGGCCGCCGGCAUCUUCCUGGCCAGUUCGUGCCUCCACCUGCUGCCCGACGCGCAGUCCAACGCGGCGCUCACCGAGUGGGGCUGCGCGCACACGGCGCAGGUGUUUCUGGCCGUGCGCACGCGCUACGACGGCGACGAGACGCGCUGCUUCAAGUGGGCCAACUUCUUCUACGGCUGCGGCUUCCUCAUGGUGCUGCUGCUCGAGGUGCUGGCGCACACGCUGCAGCGGCGCUGCAACAAGGGCCUCGACCGGCACGACGAGGGGACGGCCGACGAGCGGAACGCUCUGCUAGUGGCUGGCACUGCUGAAGCUGAAGCUGAAGCUGCUGGAACUGCUGCUGCUGCUGUUGUUGUUCGGGACACUAUCGUGGCAAUGAAUGGACAGCAUUGCUCCAGUGGUUUGGCCGGUGUGCUGGAGACUGGAGGCGACUAUGGCACGCAGAGCGCUCGUGCGAAAGCGCACCGCGUGACGCGCGUCGACAGUGCCGACGGCCGCUUGGACGAGCCCCACGCGCACAUCCACGGGAUCGUCAAGGGCAACUUCCUCCUGGCGCUGGUCGUGUUCGUAGCGCUGUCGUUCCACUCGGUGAUGGAGGGCAUGGGCAUGGGCGCGUCGAGCACACCUGCGUGGGACAUCCUCGUGGCCAUCUUGGCCCACAAGUCCCUCGCUGCGUUCGCGCUGGCGCUCGAGCUCCUGCACCACAAUGUCCCGCGCGUGCAGCUCUUGUCGUCAAUCGCCGUCUUUUCGCUCAUGACGCCCAUGGGCAUUCUGUUUGGAAGACUGCUCGUGGACACGACGCAAGCGACGCCUGCAGGCGGCGUCUGCGCAGCGCUCGCGGGCGGGACGUUCCUGUUUGUGGCCAUGAUGGAGAUCAUCCCACAAGAGCUGCAAGAUCCGCGGUACCAGCUGGAAAAGUGCGCGGCGCUGCUCGCUGGAUACGGCGUCAUGGGCAUGCUCUCGCUCUGGACGUAG